ACAUAAAAUGAGAAAAGUAGAGAGCAUGAAAGUUGAAACAUCUUUUUAAUUGAUUAUAUCAACUCCAAAUGCAAUCGGUAGAAAACUUAAAUUUUAAGUUGCAUACAGAUGGGUCUGCAUUGUAUAAUCCUGGUCCAGCUGCUAGUGGUUGGUCGAUUCGGGAUCAUUCAGGGAAAUGGAAUGCGGGGUUUGCUACGAGGAUUGGUGUUACCUCUGCCCUUGGGGCAGAACUUCGGGGUGGUGCUCGAGAUGGUUUGAUUACUGCUCGGGAUCUUAACAUCUAGAAUCUGAUUGUUGAAGUUGGUUCUCUGUUGGUUUUUCACUUGCUUUCAGAAAAUAAUAGUCAUAAUCAUUUGUUUCAUAAUAUGAUUUUGGAAUAUAGAGAGCUGUUAGCUUAAAUUCAUCAAGUUCAUUUUUGACACGCCUUUAGAGAAGUCAACAUGUGUGCUAACCGAUUUGCAACAAAGAGGUAUUCGUACC